UCAUCUGCUACCUCCUUUUUAAUAUUUCACAAAAGACCGAAGUACGGAGGCUGCUUUUCCUGAGAGAGCGGAACGGAGUGGGACGGACUUGGAUGACAGUCAGGAGCUCCCGGUGCUGCCGUAAAGAUCCCAAACUCUCUCAUCUAAAACGACAACAUGGCAAAGAAAAUUUUUGGGACCAAUUACCCAGUCAGCAUCUGCUUCAUAGUGGUGAAUGAAUUCUGCGAACGCUUCUCCUACUAUGGCAUGAAAGCAUUGCUGACGCUCUAUUUCCUCACCUACCUGAAAUGGGACAAGGACCUCUCCACUGCUGUCUACCAUGCUUUCAGCGGCCUCUGCUACUUCACACCCAUACUGGGAGCUUUCAUUGCUGACUCCUGGCUCGGAAAAUACAAGACCAUCAUCUACCUGUCCAUUGUAUAUGUGAUCGGCCAUGUGGUCAAGUCGGUUGGAGCCAUUCCCACCGUGGGAAGCACCGAAUUGCACAUUGCUCUGUCCAUGUCAGGUCUGAUACUCAUAGCUUUGGGCACCGGAGGGAUCAAACCCUGCGUGGCGGCGUUCGGAGGUGACCAGUUUGACGAGGAACAUACGACAGAGAGGCAGAAGUUCUUCUCUAUUUUCUACAUGUCAAUCAAUGCUGGCAGCUUCCUGUCGACUAUUAUUACACCCAUAUUGAGAGGUGACGUGAAGUGUUUCGGUGGAGACUGUUAUGCUUUGGCCUUUGGGGUUCCUGCAGCCCUGAUGGUUGUGGCUUUAGUUGUCUUCAUUGCUGGCAGCAGUCUGUACAAGAGAACUCCUCCCCAGGGAAACGUCCUUUGGGAAGUCUGCAAUUGCAUCGGGUUUGCAAUUAAAAAUCGUUGGAACAAAUCCAAACAUGACCCACCGAGACAGCACUGGUUGGACUGGGCUGAGGAGAAGUACUCGAUGCGUCUGAUUCAGGAGUUAAAGAUGGUUUUGCGAGUUCUGGUGCUCUACAUCCCCCUCCCAAUGUUCUGGGCUCUCUUUGAUCAGCAGGGUUCCCGCUGGACACUUCAAGCCACGAGGAUGAACCUGGCUCUUGGAAACUCCUUCGCUAUUAAGCCUGACCAAAUGCAGAUGUUGAAUGCUCUGCUGAUUCUUGUCUUUGUGCCUAUCUUUGACCUCAUCAUAUAUCCGCUCGUUAGACUCUGCGGACUCAAGAUCACACCUCUGAGGAAAAUGGCCAUGGGAAUGGUGUUUGCAGCCCUGGCCUUUGGAGCAGCCACUCUGGUGGAGGUGAACGUUGUGAAAACUGUGGUGAAUCCUGCACCUGCAGGAAAGUGUCUCUUGCAGGUUGUCAACCUUGCUAAAGAUGAUGUCAGUCUGAAGGCUCCUGGCACCGAUCUGUUUCUACAGUCCAUCAAGUACCUUGAGGUAGAAGAUCACAUAACAAAAAACGAAGACGGGAAUCCAUUAUUGAGGUUCCUCAACACACAGCCGGAGGCCUUAAACGUAACGGUGGGAGAUAAGCAUUUCUACAUGUCCUCCGGGUACAAUGUGACUCAUAACAAGACCGUGCAGCGGGGCGAAUACACUGAUGUCACCUUGUAG